AUGGGCACUGGGGAUGGAUAUAAUAUGGGCACUGGGGAUGGAUAUAAUAUGGGCACUGGGGACGGAUAUAAUAUGGGCACUGGGGACGGAUAUAAUAUGGGCACUGGGGACGGAUAUAAUAUGGGCACUGGGGACGGAUAUAAUAUGGGCACUGGGGACGGAUAUAAUAUGGGCACUGGGGAGGGGUACAAUAUGGGCACUGGGGAUGGAUAUAAUAUGGGCACGGUGGAUGGAUAUAAUAUGGGCACUGGGGACGGAUAUAAUAUGGGCACUGGGGACGGAUAUAAUAUGGGCACUGGGGAGGGAUAUAAUAUGGGCACUGGGGACGGAUAUAAUAUGGGCACUGGGGACGGAUAUAAUAUGGGCACUGGGGACGGAUAUAAUAUGGGCACUGGGGAGGGGCCGUCCAUCUGUGGGUGGUACACGGAGGUCCAUAGCUGUUUCAUUACCUUUGACAUAAACGGGGUGCCCUGGUCAGUCAACACCUCUUUGGGUAAACCCACUCGGGAAAACAUCUCCAUUAGCUCCUUAACUAUCAGUUUGACCGAGUAA